UCAACAAUGAGCUAUAAAUUUAUCAUGGAAGAUGGAAACAGAAAAACUGUAGAUGAGGAUGGGAAUGAUCCUAUGGAGAUUGAAGAUGAGGAGGAUCCGUAUAAACUUGAUGAAUUAUCAUCUUAUACUGCUUAUAUGACAGUAGUAUGA